AUGGAUGACGAUGAGGAUUUGCAGGCCGCCAUCCGGGCAUCCCUGGCUGAGUACAAGGCCGAACAGUCUCGCGCCCAGGGUGUUGUGGAUCUGACAAACGACUCGAGUAACGACUCGGAUGUUCAGGAAGUGUUCCCGAAGUCGAAUUCAGUCGUCGGCUCUGAUACAGAUGAUGACAGCGACGGAGACUUGAAGAAAGCAAUUGCCAUGUCUAUUGAGCAGCCGGACGAGGAGAGUAAGCCAUCAACUGUAACUGUUACUCACGAAAAGCCCCAGCCUAUGGGCAUCUCAGGCCUUGGUCUCCUUGACCGUCAGAAGAUGGAAGAAGAGCGUCUCGCCCGUUUGUCUAAGCGGAAAGCUGAGAAAUCUAUGAGCCCACCUGGACGAGGCGGUUCCAAGGCCUUGAAAUUUGCGCGACAGCUUGACGCAGACUCGCCUGACCCAUCCUCCGCUGAGACUACCACAACUGCUUCCCUCGGGUAUCGCGACAAUUUUCCAAGUGCCAGGCCAGGAGUUCAAUUCCCACACGGCAUUGUUAAGAAGACUUGCCUCGCCAAAACUCCACGUGUGGGCGAUGAUAUCACCAUCGAAGAGGUCAUCCAGCGAUCUCAACUAAAGUUUGCUCUUCUGAGCUCGUUUCUAUGGGACACAGACUGGCUGUUUUCUAAAAUCGAUAUGGACAGCACCAAAUUGAUGCUCGUCAUGAGCGCCAAAACGGAAGAAGAGCGGCUCGCCUUGAGACAGCAAAGCAGUUUCCUAACGCAGACUGAAUUAGUCUUCCCACCCAUGAACGCACAAUCCAACUGCAUGCAUUCCAAGUUGAUGUUGCUUUGCCACACAGACUAUCUUAGGAUUGUUGUCCCGACUGCCAACCUUACGCGUCAUGACUGGGGCGAGAGCGGGCUAAUGGAAAAUACCGUCUUUCUCAUCGACCUUCCGCGUAGGCCGGCAGGGUCCACUACUCAGGAGACUCCCUUUUAUCUGAGUCUCGUUGAUUUCAUGAAGGCGAGUGGGCUGUCUUCCAAACUCAUCGACCGGGUUGGAACAUACGACUUCGCUGAAACAAUGCGAUAUGCCUUCGUCCAUUCAAUCGGCGGUACCACCGGCCCUAGCGCCCAAGACCCGUGGAAAGGUACCGGAUACUGCGGUCUUGGACGGGCUGUUAGCCAGCUAGGUCUUCAAUCCUCGUCCCCAAUCAACAUCGACUACAUCACUUCAUCCAUUGGUUCUCUGAACGAAGAAUUUCUCCGCGCGAUCUAUCUUGCUUGCAAGGGCGAUGAUGGAAUGACUGAAUACACACUCCGUAAUACGAAAUCUUCUAAAGCUUCUUUCCCGGAUAAUCGACGCAAAGCGAUGGAGAAGGUUGGCGGCGAAUGGAAGCACCGUUUGAACGUCUAUUUCCCCUCUGACCGCACCGCCCAUGCCGCCCAUGCUCGGCCUCUUGACACCGCGGGAACCAUCUGCUUCCAGGAAAAGUGGUGGAAAAGUCCUAGCUUCCCUCGGCAUGUUCUGAAAGACUGUGAGAGCCGACGCGGCGCUCUUAUGCAUAACAAACUCAUUUAUGUUUGGCCGGACCAACCUAUCUCUUUGGAGCAAGACAAUAUGGAGUGCAAAGGCUGGGUUUACAUCGGCAGUGCCAAUAUCUCUGAAAGCGCAUGGGGCCGCCUCGUCAAAGACCGUGCCACCGCUCAGCCCAAGAUGAACUGCCGAAACUGGGAAUGUGGCGUUGUGUACCCCAUCAUCACACGGUCUUCCGCAGUCUCCAGCGCAGACGGAAAAGCUCCAGCCCAGCAGCAUCUGCCAGUGGCGGUAUUCAACGAGGCGGUGCCUGUGCCGAUAAAGGUUCCUGCUGAGAGCCUCUCUGACGAACGACCACCCUGGUUCUUCAUGGGCCAAGAGAAAUUUUAUUGA